UAAAGUUAAUAAUAAUAACUUAGAUUCCAAAAUCUUCAGUUUUACUCAAAUUAGUUGAUGCAAAAAUGAAUACACCCCACAACAAAAACUGCUAUAUCUACUAUUUUGUAUGACCUCCAUGAUUUGUAAGGACAGCACCAAGUCUUCUAGGCAUGGAAUGAACAAGUUGGCGACAUAUUGCAACUUCGAUCUUUUUCCAUUCUUCAAGAACAACCCUCUUUUAGAGCCUAGAUGCUGGAUGGAGAGUGAUGCUCAACUUGUCUCUUCAGAAUUCCUCAUAGGUGUUUGAUUGGGUUCAGAUCAGGAGACUUUCUCUCCCUGUCCUUUCUUCCCUCCUUCUUCAGAAAUGCAUCAGUGGCCUUAGAUGUGUGUUUUGGAUCAUUGUCAU